CCCCAGGUGAACCGAGUGCAAAAGUGGGGGAAAAAGUAUCCCGUGCUCAAUGCCACGCCCCUUCUUUCUCUCGGGCCCCCAUUAAAGCCUCCGGACAAUCUCUGUACGUCAACAUCUUCCUUCUGUCCAAGUGCCCCAUCCACAUUGGACUGUCAGGCGCUGACACCACCCAGAUUACUUCAGUCUACUUGGGGUGGGCGGGCAGCACUCCCUGCAGCCUUCUCCUCUUCCUGAAGGGACAGAGGUGGAGCAGUCGGCGGAGGGCGCCCCGAUGCCUGAAGGAAGUAAGCCUUUGGCAGCUUAGGGGUGUCGAUCCUCUGGGGAGCCGGGGCGCUCACCUGGUCCCCGCCUGGCGCGCCGAGAUGGGAUCGGUCUCCUCGGCGCUGGCGCGGUCCCGCAACACCGUGGUGCAGUUGGGCUCAUCGCCAUCGCAGCCCGAGGCUCUAUCGGCAACUCCGGUUGCUCACAGAGACACACUCGUGCUCCCUCAAACUCGUGAAGAGACGCCCAAUCCUCCCGCAGCCUGGGAGGCGCUGCCAGCUGCCGAGAGCCGGGACCAGCGCCCGAAGUUGGAGAGCCGGGAGCUGUCCGCGGUGCUGAAGCGAGUGGAGACUAUGUCCCAAUCCUGCUUGCCACGAAGCUGCAGCCCUGCGGAGGCGGGUACCAGGAGGACAGAGGCUGCAGAGGAGUGGAGUGCCCUGGAGGAAACUGGGAAGCAAACUGAGGGUGCAGGUGAGCAAGUUGCAAAUGAAGCUGGAGAUAAGAAUGCUAGACCACUUGCCCGCUUCUCCCGGUCAAAGUCGCAGAACUGUCUGUGGAACUCCCUCAUCGAUGGGCUCACCGGGAAUCUCAAGGAGAAGCCAAGGCCAACAAUUGUUCAUGACCCACGGCCCCCGGAAGAAAUCCUAGCAGAUGAAUUACCACAGCUGGAUAGCCCUGAAGCCUUGGUGAAGACAUCAUUCAGGUUACGGUCUUUAGUCAAGCAGCUAGAGAGAGGGGAGGCUUCAGUCGUUGACCUUAAGAAGAAUCUGGAAUAUGCAGCCACAGUGCUUGAAUCUGUAUACAUUGAUGAAACCAGGAGACUCCUGGAUACAGAGGAUGAGCUCAGUGACAUUCAGUCAGAUGCUGUGCCUUCUGAAGUCCGAGACUGGCUGGCCUCCACCUUUACACGGCAGAUGGGGAUGAUGCUCAGGAGGAGUGAGGAGAAGCCCAGGUUCAAGAGCAUCGUUCACGCAGUGCAAGCUGGAAUAUUUGUGGAGAGAAUGUAUAGACGGACAUCAAACAUGGUUGGACUAAGCUACCCACCAGCUGUUAUUGAAGCAUUAAAGGAUGUGGACAAGUGGUCCUUUGAUGUGUUUUCCCUCAAUGAGGCCAGUGGGGAUCAUGCACUGAAAUUCAUUUUCUAUGAAUUACUUACCCGCUAUGAUCUGAUCAGCCGCUUUAAGAUUCCCAUUUCUGCACUUGUCUCAUUUGUGGAGGCCCUGGAAGUGGGAUACAGCAAGCAUAAAAAUCCUUACCAUAAUUUAAUGCAUGCUGCUGAUGUCACCCAGACUGUACAUUACCUCCUCUAUAAAACAGGAGUGGCAAACUGGCUGACGGAGCUGGAGAUCUUUGCUAUAAUCUUCUCAGCUGCCAUCCACGACUAUGAACACACCGGAACUACCAACAAUUUCCAUAUCCAGACUCGGUCUGAUCCAGCGAUUCUAUACAACGACAGAUCUGUAUUGGAAAAUCACCAUUUGAGUGCAGCCUAUCGCCUUCUGCAAGAGGAUGAGGAGAUGAAUAUCUUGAUCAACCUCUCAAAGGAUGACUGGAGGGAGUUUCGAACCUUGGUCAUUGAGAUGGUGAUGGCCACGGAUAUGUCUUGCCAUUUCCAGCAAAUCAAAGCAAUGAAAACAGCUCUGCAGCAGCCAGAAGCAAUUGAGAAGCCCAAAGCCUUAUCCCUGAUGCUGCACACGGCAGACAUUAGCCAUCCUGCAAAAGCGUGGGACCUGCAUCACCGCUGGACCAUGUCACUGCUGGAGGAGUUCUUCAGACAGGGUGACAGAGAAGCGGAGCUGGGGCUGCCUUUUUCUCCUCUGUGUGACAGGAAGUCGACCAUGGUUGCUCAGUCACAAGUAGGUUUUAUUGAUUUCAUUGUGGAACCGACCUUCACUGUGCUCACGGACAUGACCGAAAAGAUUGUGAGUCCAUUAAUCGAUGAAACCUCCCAAACUGGUGGGACAGGACAGAGGCGCUCAAGUUUGAACAGCAUCAGCUCAUCAGAUGCAAAGCAGCGAUCAGGUGUCAAGAGCUCUGGGUCAGAAGGAAGUGCCCCCAUCAACAAUUCCGUUAUCCCUGUUGACUACAAGAGCUUUAAAGCCACUUGGACGGAGGUGGUGCACAUCAAUCGGGAGAGAUGGAGAGCCAAGGUGCCAAAAGAGGAGAAGGCCAAGAAGGAGGCCGAGGAGAAGGCCCGCCUGGCUGCAGAGGAGAAACAAAAGGAAAUGGAAGCCAAAAGCCAGGCCCAAGAAGGCUCGUCCAGCAAGACCGAGAAAAAGGCAUCUGGAGACCCCAAGAGUCACGUCAACGGAACUCGCACAAACAAAAGCGACGAGCCUCGUGGGAAGAACCCCAAAGCGGAGAAGUCAGGAGAAAAGCAGCAGAAUGGUGACUUGAAAGAUGGUAAAAAUAAGACAGACAAGAAGGAUCACUCCAACAUCGGAAAUGAUUCAAAGAAAACAGAUGAUUCCGAAGAGUAGAAAAGACCUCAUAUACACUAAGAGAGGCUGCCAGUGUCUUGCAUCAUUUUAGCUGAGCUUCUUCAUUCUCCUCCUUCUUCUUCCACAAAGACCCCUCUCUGGGGAAGGUGUACAACUUCCAAAAACAAGCCCCCCACACACACUUGGCCUUCUCUCAUGCCAUCUCCUCCCAGGGAUGAGUCCUGGGAGGUUGGUUUGAGGUCCUUAGAACUCUAGGGGAUUUUCCCCUGAGCCAACAAAACCAUUUGAGUUUUUUUUUUUUUUUUUUUUUUGCACAAGCAGAAACAAAACGUGAAGGGACUUCCUCAAAAUCCUUUGCCAAUGAUGUGGCUUUCACGGCACCUGUCUGGCCUGAUGAGAAAGGACACCCUGGAUGUGCUGGGAGAGGCCUGGAAAAGCCACACACACACUUUACUUGCCAUUUUAUAACUGUCAAUGCUGUUCUGUGAAAUGUUGUUUUUUUGUGGUUUUUUUUUUUUUUUGCACUGGCUACUGAUGGUAGAAAUAGCCAUGCUGGCCCUCAUCACAGCUAAAAUGAUUUCCAUCUCUGGUUCUUUCCUGAGUCGAGAAAAUUUGUUUUUCUCCAGUUUUCUUUUAGAUUUAAAAAUUGUUCUUAUGCCUUUUUCCCCCAUUUGUAUGAUAUAAAAUUCCGUUAAUUUUUUUUAAGGAGACUAUCCUAUGGGAAUCUGUAUUUGAUGCUUAAUUUAUUUUAUCUGUGCAUUCAUGAAUGUGAACCUCAAAUGUGUCAGCUGAUGACUCUACUGUCAGGUGGGAACCCUAUUGUUUUCAUUGGGUGGCAUCCAUAACCAAGGGGUUACUGAAAUUUUGACCACUGAUUGGUUGGUGGUUGGUCCUCUUCUUUAGGAUAUCUGUGAUUUGACUUCAUCUUUUUUUUUUUUUCAGGGAAGUGAUAAGCAUCCUAGUACAGGGAGAUAGGUCAGAUAAGUUUUUUUUUUUUUCAUUUUUAGUGAGGCUUUACAAAUAACAGAUAGGAGUUGAUUUUCAUAGCUCAAGUAGAAAAUAAAAAUAGUAAAUGUAUCCAGGAAGAGGAAUAAUGAUACCAUCCCUUGAAGCCAAAAUAAAAGUGGGAUCCCAUGGAGUACAAGAAAAGCAUGUGAUUUUAUGGGUCUAAAUGGUAUGAUUUGGAUAAAAAUGAUUCUUACAAUGUGCCUGUGGAAUCCCGAGUUCUUCCCAAGAGUAAAUCACAUGGGUAUGCUGUGGUGAAGUGGGAUUAGGAAUAGAAAGUGGGCUAAGCAAUGGGCUUCAGUGUAUUAUCCCUUGCAGAUUUAAUUUCUACACAAAAGCACAAAUGUUUAGAAACCUCUGUUUUACUAAAGCAAAAUGUCCAUACUUCCUCAGAGAGAGAGAGAUCACAGGUGUUCUGAGACCUUUUUGCUCACUGAAAUAUUCUUCAAAGGAAGAUUUACAGAACUUUAUCAUAAAGAGUACCCAGUAGCAUACUAAUAUGGGACAGGUCUCUUCUGUCCAUUUUACAUUUGGCCUCAUAAAAAUACUUACAUUUUUCCUAGUAGUGCCCACAGUAGAUAAUAUGAUCACAAAUUCAAAUGUCUUCAGGGGCCUACCAGGUCAAGUAAAUGAGGAAAGCAAGCCAUGCAAUGUUCCAAUUAUUGUGAUGCAUGGCAAUUUAUCAAGGGGUUUGGCAUCAAGGAGACAGUGAGGAUCAAUGAGAACUGUGACGAAUUGGCAAGGGUUGGUACUGUCAAAAAGAGGCAGAGUAUAGUCAGCCACCUGACUUGUGCUAUGUAGCCACAGGGGUUCUAUGUAGGAAGGAAGAUUCUAGAAAUCUAGAAUUUUAUGUAAAUCCUUUCAAAAUGUUUACAUCUUGGCAACUAACUCAGAAACUUACACUGUGCGAGUCAAACAAAAUAUGUAGAUGAGCUGUUUGUAAUCCAUGGGAUAUCAGUGAGCAAACUGUGUUCUUAAAGGGGGAUAUGACUUUGUAUAGGAAUUCGAUAUGAGCUAAGGGAUGUCAAUCCUUCACCUUGGAACCUGGACCUUUUACCUCAUUUCUAUUCUGUAUUUUUGUACAUGGAGCUUUUUGUGCAGACAAAAUAGAAUGUCUACAGCUUCCAUUUUAUAAUCUAGUAAGCAACACUAAACAAUAUUUGAAAAAGGAACAGGAAUAUAGCCAUUUUUUUUCUAUCACCAAUAAAGAUGGAAAUAUUUUCAUUUGUUUUAAGUCAUUAACCAACUGAAAAAGAAUGGGAGGAGAAUUUUAUACAGUGUAGAACUUUGUCUAGAAUGUUCAGUGAGGAAAAACAAAAGCUCUGUGUAACUCGCUCUGACUUAAAUCUUUUAAAAAAUGUUUUGAAGACACAUUGAGUAAAAAUGCAAAGUUAUUUAAAAAGUGCACAAAAAUCUGUAUUAUGUUCUGAAUUGGGGUUGGAGCUUAUAAAACAGUAGAACAACUUUUCCAAGUCAGUAUUGACUGGAAGAACAGUGUUUCCAAAGCUCUAGCUCAUUUUCUAGGGUCUUUGAAUUCUCUGGAAACAACUUUCUCCAAAUUCAGCUGCAAUAAGAGAUGAAGAUUGUUCCCUUGUGCCAAUGGUGGAAUCUGCCUCUGAUUUACAUACAGAGCAGGGUGCACACACCUGAAUUGAAGAUUGACUAGUGUGUAACGUAGCAGUAGAGACAUUCUCCCACUAGUCAACCACACAUGUACGUAUUCCUGGGUAGAACCUGACAAAUGGAGUCAGCCCUUGAGUUUGUGUGCCCAUGUCACUAAAUAGCUCCCUUUCCAGGUUGUUCUGCUGUGGUGUGGUUGGGUGGCAUGAUGACUUAUCCUUACAGAGAUCGAUGUGCCAUGUUUUAUUCGUGCCUACCUUUCCUCCACUCUGACCCCUAAUAGCUUAUGGCAGCAAGCAAAAGACUUGCUUCAAACCCAUCAAUUCAAAUGGACUUUCUUCCAUGGUCCAUUUCAUUCUUGGAGCUUUAUAAGAACUACUGAAGACAUACAACAGGAUCCCGUUAUGGAGGAGACAUACUUAAAUGAUAAAUGAUACUGCACAUAUGAAAUCAAAGAAAAAAAUCAGUGCACAUAUCCAUUUCAUUUGCAGAAUUUAAGACAUUAUGACAUCCACCUGGUACCAUGUAUUUGUGUAAAAGUGAAAAAUAAGAAGCAACAUUAUCAUGGGCUCUGAGAGGGAGAGCAGAUAAAAAAAAGAAAAACAAAUUUUAUAAUGUACAUUUGGGGAGUCCUGGCCUUUGACUAUUAUUUCUCUCAUGGAUCACUUUUCUUUAGAUAGAUGGAUGAAUAGAUAGUAUAUGGAACAUAUUUUCUUUUAGUCUUUCUUAAUGUCUAAACAGAGACUUAGAUAAUAGAAGUUACUUUGUAAUAUUCCCAGUGAAGCUUGGGGUAAACAAAAGAAAAAGCACAAAAAUCUUUUUUCCUUUUUUUUUUUUUUAAAAAAUAACAGGAUAGAUUCUGAGAUCAAAAGCCUAUGUAUGUUGAAUUAUCUCCCAAAUAAAGAUUUGGGGGAUUCAGGCAACAUUUUUCUCCUGAUGCUGAGAUGCCCUUGUGUUUUAUAAGAGUUGUACUGGCCCAUCACAGUGCCUGGCACUCUGCCAGCCUUCAGAAAACACAGGAGGAAUUAUUGAAUGGAUCCCAUCAUCCACCUGUGCAUAUAAACAAAAUUCAAAUUUGCCUGGUAAUGUAUUCAGCAACUCCCAUGUGCCAAGCACUUCACUUAUGUUCAUGAGACUUGUAUUUCAAAUAUAUGCAGACACACCCUGGUCAUACAAAUAGCUUAUUAUAAGAUAUGGGAAAUGGCAGAUUAUGUAGGGGAAACUGUUUAAGAGAGCCAAGUUUAAGAAAAAUAAAUAAGAAUUUUACCAUGGCCUUUUAAUGUAAGAUAAAUUUUUUAAAAAAUCAUAACAACUCGACAUAAUUUGUCUGAGAAUGCUCUACCAAAAGAAGUGAUGACACCACUCUCCAUGAAUGAAAUGUCAGUGGAUUUAUUUUGAAUCAAAGUAAACUUUUUAGAUCCAAAGUGCACUCUCUUGGAGAAAAUAGGAAAAUCUAUAUGUGCACCAUGAGAAAUCAUUGCACAGCAGUUCUGCUUCUCCAUUAUUACGGUGGGUAUAGCUCUGAACCACAGCAAAAUUGGAUAUUAAAGAACAUAAUGUUGCAAUAAUGAUGUUAUAUUGGAUCUUAUUCAUGAAUAAAUGGAGAGUAAUGCUUGUAAUUCAUCAACAGUGAUCUAUGAUUAAAAGCCUCAUUAUCACUGAGAAAAUGAACUUAAUGAAAAAAAUUGUUAUGAACACCAACAGUAUUCUUCUGAAAUAUCCCUCUGAGAACCAAGAGACACAUUACCUCAAUGCCAAAUUUUAGUUUUAAGAUUUCCUGUCAUCAAAGACACUGAUGGGCAUAGAAAUGACACUAGAAUUGGAAUAAACCAGCACUGCUGACAUUAGGGUUUAUGUUAUUAGUGAAUAUGGGUCCAUGGAGUUGAGAAAAAAAUAGGAAGUUGGCCUCUGGAGAUCCUCAUCAGGUAUUUGAAAAAGACAGGUGCUUCUCUCCAGGAGAAUCCAUGAUAAGGAAGAAUUCCUUUAUUAAGAGAAAUCCUUUUUACAUUAAACAAAGAUGAGGUAUGGUGGGAGACCCGGACUGAAUGGUUCAUAGAGGUCAUAUUAAAUAUUAUUCAUUCUUGAUUAUUUUCUUAACAUCCUCAUCCUACCCAUUUUUCUUUAAAACACUGGCAGGCAUAUCUAAGAUGAGUUCACAUUUAUUCUGGCUUCUGUUCCCAGGCAGAAGUGGAUUAACACGGACAAUGGCGAGCUUCACUGAAUGAACUUGAACCCAGCCUAGGUUGCCAUGGCAGAGCCGGGAAAUGUUGUGUGGGCUCCUUCAGCUCACCCAGAGCUCAGUUUUCUCCCCGGGGUAAAUGCUGGCUGUAGCUAUCCAUGGUCAGUGCCAUCUGAAGGCUCGUCCUCUACUUUGGUCAGCUUCAGUCAUGGCACUUGGACCUCAGCCAUGUAUUCUUCAUGGGCUCUGACUUCUGCACCAGAAGAAGCAUUUAUCAGUCAGUUUAUAUGUAGGGUAAUUCAACUGAAAUAAUUCCCACUACCCAGUGGCUUUGGAAUGGUUUUUAAAUAGAUUGUUCUGGAGGCACACUGUUGUAUAGUCUUUGCUCUUCAGUGUUGAUCUAUCUUGGGGUAGGGGUUUGUGCACUAUUAUCCUUGUCUCUGAGUGGGUAUGUGUGCAAUGGUACAGAAAUAUAGAAGUCACACACCAACAUGCAUAGAUUUAUAGUACAAAUCUACAGCCAUAGGUAUUGUUCAGUAACUGAUUCUAGAGUAGAACUAUAGAGUACACUUUUCCUUUUUUCUUGCUUUGAUGAUAUUUUUAUACAAUUUUAUAUGCUGUAAAUUUCUUGAAAAUAUAUUUGCUAUUUUCGUUGGUAGAGCUCGGUUAGGUUUUUUAUCAGCUCUCGUGCCCACUGAACAGCCAGACCCGUCAACCCCAUCUAAUUUAAAUCUCUUCUCCCUCUUCCAUACCCUUUCUUUAUCUCUUCCUUCUUCUCUUCUUCCAUUUUUUUUCUACCUUUCAGAAAUUCUUUCAUUCACUUCUGUCCAGGUAGGCCAUUCUGCACACAGAACACAAAAUAAUGGAGGAAAAAACAAAAAGCACCAAGUUCCUGUGUAAUGUACACAAAGAAGAGUUACAUGUCAAAGGUACAGCUGGGUAGGUGGGGGGAGGGAAUAGAUGAGUGAAAGGAAUCAAGAAAAAAAAAGUCUUGAUGGGAGAUCCAGUACUCAAAGCAAUGUGAGUCACUUGAAGGCCCUUGUAAUAUGGCUCUUCUUUUCUCUCCGUGGGAAUACAGUCUGUACAGUCACAAGCUCCUCUCUGUAGGAUGUUGUGCCCUCACCAUGAGUCUGUAGACUGCCUGCUAGUAAGGGCUCUGUUCACAUGUGAUUGAAAACUUGGCUCAUCCCCUCAGCCUUAGAUUUUGCUGCUGUUCAAAUCCCUGCCACUGGAUUUGUGGGAAAUGCCUGAAUCAAUAUCAAGAUGCUUUAGCAAAACUCAAAAGAAGGAAACAAUCAGAACACACAAAUUCCAAACUAAACUCCCACCCAGAUCACAGGAAUAAGGAAGAGAUAUCUGUAUAGGAUCUAUAAAUGCUCUUCCAAAAGGGAAGAUGGAAAUGGACUUAUCUCUAUUUUGCAGUAGUGAUGCUAUGUACUUGCAUGGUGUGAAUCGUCCUUCUGGCAAACAAAAUACAGUUUGCAGUACAUCAGAGAGAGAGAGAAUGACCACGUGUUCUAACAAAGAGUGUUCUGUUCCCUGUGAUGCUGCUUUCUACUAAAACAAUCUGUUCCAAUGCCAUAGCAUUAUAUCUCCAAAUGCAAAAGUAAAUCAUAAAGAUUCAUGUAAAGCGGAGAAUGCUAAACUGCUCUCAAAAAAUUAAAGAUGUGUUUAUUGUAAAUCGUUAUUGCACCAAUGAGCCUGAUAGUCCUUCAAUGUAUAAUUCCCCCCCAGCAUCUAGUAAUGAAUAACGACUUGUAUGUUCUUCUGAUAACCAAAUAAAAACAAUGAGUUAACCUCUUAAUUGGAAUUUGAAAAAUUAAAAGGCUGUAUUUUUUUUCUUUCAA